GGUCCGUUUUUGGUGCCGGAGCUGUCGAUUCCGGCGACGUCGGAGGCCCUGCGUUUCUUCUUCUCUUUUGAGCUGUACAAAGCUCCAAAAUGCAGGAUACAAUGAGCGAAAGAGUUAGCAUAUAUUUUAAGUGUGAAGGUCGGAUGUAUAGUAUUAUGAUCAAGACAAAAGCGAGUGAUAUAACGUUGUCGAUGCUAAAAGGAAGGAUAAACAAGAAGGUUGGAUUUGUUGAGAGCCAUGUUAAGUUGGAGUUGAGCUACUAUCCGCUAGUGGCAGAAUCGAAUGUGAGGGAAAAGUGUACGAUUUAUGAUGAUGAGGAUUUGGAUGUGUAUUUGACGUCCUUUGAUACAGAGAAGCGAAGAUGUGUGUUGAUUGUGGAUGUGACAAAGGUAUCGGAACAGCAUGAGCAAGUGAUUGAAGAUGAUGAUGAUGAUGAUGAUGAGGCUGUUAGAGUGGACCAAAGUUCUGUUGGUAUGAAUUAUCAAAACCAACAGACUAGAGAUGAUGAGGCUAACGCCAUUGUUGCAUACGAAGAGAAAGAUAAAGGAAAGGGUGUCGAGGGGGAUUCUGAAACUUUAGGACGUGAAGAAGGUGAUGAGUAUGUUGAACAACCACCUGUUGUAACACCUUCUCAGUUUAUAGACCCAUGGGAAGACGGUUUAACUUUGAGGAAAUUUGACGAAUUCCCAAACAAGAAGGCAUUGCAAGAAGUGGUGGAUAGAGCUUCGUUUGCUAACUGUUUUAGGUUUAAAAUUGCGAAGUCGGAUAAGGAUCGUUAUGUGUUGAAAUGUUAUAAAGAAGGAUGUAGUUGGGGUUUACGAGCUACAAGAGUUCCACAUACUGAGAUUUUCUCGAUCCGCCGGCACAACAAUAUGCAUAGUUGCUCUCGGGCGAGUAAAAGUUCAAGCAACAGUAACAGGCGCGGCACCCCGGAAUUAGUUGCAUCCCUUUUGCAUAAUGAUUAUCCAGGACAGAUGGAAACUCCACGUCCCAAGAUUAUCGUGGAACUUGUGAAGACCAAAUUGGGUUUGAGUGUAUCAUACUCGACGGCAUUGAGAGGGAAAGUUAAAGCCGUUAGUGAUUUGCGUGGUACCGCGGAAGAAAGCUACAAAAUGCUCCCUUGUUAUUUGCACAUGUUAGAGAAGGUUAAUCAAGGUACGAGAACAUAUCUGCAUUUGGAUGAGAAUAAGAAAUUCAUGUACUUGUUCAUAGCUUUGGGAGUUAGCAUCGAAGGGUUUCAAGUCAUGAGAAAGGUUAUAAGUAUAGAUGCAACAUUUCUAAAGAACGGAUAUGGUGGUGUUCUUGUUUUUGCCUCGGCUCAAGAUCCUAACCGGCAUCAUUAUCCGUUAGCGUUUGGUGUUCUUGACGGUGAGAAUGAUGCGAGUUGGAAUUGGUUUAUGGAGAUGUUGAAAACCGUUAUUGGAGACUCCUCUGAAAUAGUCUUUAUGACUGACAGAAAUGCAAGUCUCAUCAAAGCCAUAGCUAAUGUGUAUCCACAAGCUCAUCAUGGGUUUUGUAUAUACCAUUUGUCCCAAAAUGUUAAAGGUCAUGCUUCGAACUAUAACAGAGAUGUUGUUGCAUGGAGAUUCAUGGAGGUAAGCAGGUUAUACACAGUGGCUGAGUUCGAAGUGGAAUACAAUUCGUUCAAGAUAAGGUAUACAAAUGCUGCCAAGUAUCUCGAAGAUUCUACGAAGGUUGAAAAAUGGGCAAGGUGUGUAUUUACAGGAGAAAGGUACAACCUAGACACUAGCAACGGUGUGGAAUCAUUGAACAGCGUAUUCAAAGACGUUAGGAGAUACUCCUUAAUUCCCAUACUUGAUGCGAUUAUCGCUAAAUUCUCUGAAUGGUUUAAUGAACAUCGGAAAGAGGCCGUGUCUGGUUCGGUUGCAAAUAAAUUGGUGCCUUUUGUGGAGAAUUACUUGCACGAUUUAUGGGGGGUUGCUGAGAAACUAAAAGUGACUGAGCUAAACUCUUUUGAGCUGCAAUACAAUGUCAUUGACAACGACGGGAAGCCUUAUUUGGUGAAUUUGGUUAUGAGGAGUUGUGGUUGCAGGUUCUUUGAUAUUCAAAAGUACCCUUGUGUACAUGCAUUGGCCGCUUUAAUAGAGUACCUAAAGACUAAAGAUAGAACUAGAGAUAUACAAAUGCAUGAGUUGUGUUCUAGGUACUAUUGGACCGAGUUGUGGGCGAUGGCGUAUUACCAGACAAUUUUCCUAGUACCGGAUAAGUCUCAGUGGAACGUCCCGCCUUGGGUGAAAGAUGUUCAGAUCAUUCCGCCAAAACGCAAAACAAAGGGUGGAAGGAAGAGAACUAAAAGGUUUGCGUCUACUGGAGAAAAGCGACCACCAAAGAGAAAAAGAACACAAAAUAAAAGGCGGCGGAGACAAGGACUACAAUGGUUGUUAUUCGGAGUUUCUAGUAAUGUUUGA